AGCCUGUAACAAUUCAAGCCAUGUCUCCAGAAGUGUAUUUGGUAAAAAGGUUCAUAGCCAAGAACAUUAUGAGGCUGCAGCGUCUGGGGAUAACCCAUGUUCUGAAUGCAGCAGAGGGGAAGUCAUUCAUGCAUGUGAACACUAAUGCAGAGUUCUAUGAAGGCACAGGCAUCAGAUACCAUGGCAUUAAAGCUAACGAUACACAAGAAUUUAACCUCAGUCGCUAUUUUGAGGAGGCAGCUGAUUUUAUUGAGAAAGCACUUUCCCAGAAGGAUGGACAAGUGUUUGUGCAUUGUCGUGAGGGCUACAGCCGUUCUCCUACACUGGUCAUCGCCUACCUUAUGCUUCGCCAGAAUAUGGAUGUCAAGUCUGCACUGAGCACUGUCCGGCAGAAGCGAGAAAUUGGCCCCAAUGAUGGCUUUCUAAGGCAGCUUUGCCAGCUCAAUGAGCAAUUAGUGAAGGAGGGCAAACUGAAGCCCUAGAACAGAGCACCGUAGUAUUUUUUGAAGUUUCUCAAACCAUCAGAGGACGUCUUAGGUGCUUUAGAUUCCCAAAUCCCAACCACCAAGCUAAAUCACAUAAUGUGAGGGAGACAGAAUUCCUGCUCUUGCCUGCUGAAAGUAUCUUUCUCAAACUCUGGGUCUGUCUUUCAAGAUAGCACAAAAUUGUGUCACUGUUCAGAGCUGUUGCAAUAAAGAGGUGUUUUUAGAGGGGUAACUCCAGUGAUAACAGCUGUCUUCACAUGUAUUUCAGAGCCCCCUGCAGACUCUGUAGCAUAUGUGGUUUGCAUUGACAUUGAGUGUGAUUCAUUUAAGCCUUGUCUUGUAUACCACCAGAGCACCAUUUUCUGAGAGCCCCAACACAUCUCUUCACUCACUCUUAAUUGAAGUACUGUAUUUUCUAAAGCUUCUUUUUCAUGCACACAGGUGCCUAAAGUUUGAGUGUAGGAGCUUCAAGGAAUGGAGAAGCAUAUAUACAAAUGCACAGAUGCACUCGCUUGUAAAAUGAAGCGUAUGCAGUGUUGUGUUUAGUGUGAAUUUAUGCAAUACACAGUGUGUGGUAGUAAAGCCAUUCAGAGCCCAAUCUUGAUGCACACUGUAUUUCCAAGAAUAUUUGUACCUUUUGCUGUUGUGAUUGACAUGAAAUAGUCUGAUAUUAAAUGCUCUUUUAUUUUUGUUUUGAAGUCAUACUAGAAAAAAACAUCAAGAGCAAAUGUUGAGGAAAAAACUUGAGCAAGGAAGAAAUAAUGUCUGUAUUUAGGAGUGCUUGUACUGGAUGUAUGAUAAAGUCCUAAGUAUCAGAAUGUAAUGCCUCCCGAGGCUUGUAUUGAAUUACAGUGCCUCUCUCUCUCCCUUCCUUACUAUUGCUGUUUAUUAACGUAGAAUGGAAUGAGCACAUACACAGCUUACUUCCAGUAGGGCAGCACAGGUGUGCUUACAAAGCAGUUUGCAGAAGUACACUCUUGACUUCUUGGAUUGCUUGCAUGGUCUCAUUAAAUAGAAGUGAGCUGUUACAUACCACAUGGAAUAGGAAACAUUUCCUUUCUAUUAAAAUAAAUGAUGUCUUGAUUCUGUUUGACGUACAGAUGGAAUGAGUCAUUGCAAUGUUGAGAGAGGGAGCUUUGUUUACAGCGUGCCAGACUUAGUGUGUAAAUGUGUACCUGUGAGUUACAGCACUGUAUUAACGCAAAGGAUCUCCCACUGCAAACUCAGAAUUGUUGGUUAAACUAACAGAACCUGAGAUGUCUGUGUUCCCUUUUUAUCUGUGCUUUAAUGUAGUUCUAGAUUGAAAAUCUUAACACUAUUUUAAACAGAAACACUGUUGUAUUAGUAACACACGUAAGCCCAGAUCUAGUUUUGUAUAUUCAGUUCACUAAUCAAAAAUUACAAAGGACAUACAUUGUUUUACUUCUAGUCGUUGGGGUUGUGUGGUUUGGGGGGGUGGGAGCAGCAGGGGGGAGUUUGUAUAGCUAGAUAACUCUAUUGAAAUUAAACUCCAGAGGUGAUUAUUCUGGUUGAAGACCAGGCUUAUUUCUGUUUCCUUGCACAGGAUGGGAACUGCCAAAUCAAGUAGCCUUUUCUCUUUUGUGUCCUUUAAAGGGAAAACGGGAACACUCGACACGGUGUUUCCUUUCACCUCCCUACAGUCAGUCAGUAUUUAGUGCUUGCUUUGAAUCAGGAUGGUUCAGUAAUAACAAGCAGUAGUCAAUUUCAUUGGCUAAUUACAUACCUGUUUCCUUUCUCCCGUUGUAUCAGUAUUAAAUGAAUUGCUUCUUCAAAAUUCCUAGUUACUAAUUUAAUGCUGUGUAGCUUGGGGAAUAGGAAUACUGGCCUUUUCUACUAUACUAACUUUUUCAUACUGCAGUCUUAUUUGUAAAUCACCCUUUAAAAAAAUUUUUACUAUGGGCAUAGAUUUUUUUUUUUCCUAUCUCCUUUCACACCAUGUAUUCAUAAUAUCUAUCUGCACUACAAGAAAAAAAAAAGGGGGGGAGGGGGAGAUUCAUGUGCAUGCACUUUGUCUUUGACCUGUUACUUGGAACUCAAAAAUUCUGGUCCAUUAAAGAGCUAAGAAAACGUUAGGCAUUAGAUUUUUGUUACUCUUUCAUAGAUUGUAAGAAGGCUAAUAGUUGUCAGAUUAAAACCAGAAUGGUUUAUUAAAAUUGAGUCUGUUUACCUUAUGGUGAUGUUUUUGUAUUUGUCAGUAUCAAGAAAUACUGACAAAUCAAGACAUACAGGAAUUUGUAUAUUCAAAAUGUUCUUUUAAUUUACAGGACACUGCUUACUUCUAGUGGUAACUUCAGGGGUACUCUGGCACAUUUAUCUCAGUAUAACAAAGCUGAUUUAACAAACAUUUUGUAAUAUGAGGGUGGAGAGGAAUAAAUAAGACUGCUAUAAAUUGAUUUUAAAAAUUGAGCUCUAAGAUGGUAUAUCCUAUUUUGAGUUAUGAAAUCAUUUCUAGCUCUGCUUUUAGAGUAGGCUAAAAAUAGUUAGAAUGUCAGACCAUUGCUCUGUUAAUGGAUCAUGCCCUUCCUCUUUUAGUCUUAUCUUGCUGUUUAAGUACAGUAAUGUUGCAGAUUCCUUUGCCUAUUUUAGCUGGCCAAGAAGAGCUUGUAUGCCUCUAAUCCAUAACAAUAUGCUGAAUACUUCUGAAUUUCUCUUUCUGAUUGUAGAUGGAAAGAUUGUAUAAAAAUGGGAAUGAGAGCUUUCUUUCCAUGUAAUAGGAAAUGGAGAAAGUAUUGGAAGAAAUACACCUUUUUAUUCUUCAGAAAUUACUGCACACCUGCCCUUUGCUGUGAGAUGUUCCUUACAAGCAUGCUAAUUGGGGAAGAUUUUUUUUAAAACAACUAUUUGUUGCAAAUGGCAACACUGCAUUUUUGGAGUUACAGCUAAAAUAGCGUGAUCUGGAUUUACAUUAAUGUGUUUAUCCUGAAUAGCAGUGUGGUACUUUUUGCGUAGAUAGCACUCUGGAGAAGGGAUGGGGUCUCUGUAAAAUAUGCAUCUAUCAUAGAACAAAGAUAUCUACUAUGUCAAAUCCAGCACAAUGAAAGAAAAAGCAAUAGCUUGGGUUUUUUGUACUUAAGAGUUAGUGAAGUUGGAGAGGGGGGAAGAGUGGAGGUGAGAAGCUAUUAGCAUUUUAUAGCAAGGAACAAAGAAGAAAGUCCAGAUAGAUAAAAUGAUGAUACAUGUAAAACUAAAUUCACCUUCUAGUCAUGCUGAACUAAAUCUUUCUCAGCCAUUGCACAGGAGAGAAGUUUGUAACUAAAAAUUAAGAUUCAAAGCAAAAGCAUUUUCUGAGUGCUUGCUUCAUCCUUUGGUCCUACAGCUGAGACUACAAUGUUGACAAGUGGUGUAUCUAGCAUGCUACUCUGAACCAUAGGUACUGCCAGAAAAUACUUCAUGAGAGAAUGUUGCAAUAUGUCACUGCUAAAAAUGAACAUUUCAGGAAGUUAUUUCAAACUUAGAAUUAAUAGCAUCUGAAUGCAGGACUAGCAGCCACAACAUGUUGUAUUUGUAAUUCCAUUUUUGGAUGUUGAGCCUGUGUUAGUAUUGGACACAUUUUUCUCCUACAACAUGAGUAUGCCUGGCUUACCUCUCCUGGUGAUGUGAGAGUUAAUCUUCUUAAAAGACUUUUAAAGAUGAAAAGCACUGUGUAUAAGAACACUACACGCUCCCCGAGUUGAAAAACAAACUUGUGUCAAAUAUAUCUUCCUCCUGCUGAGCAAAGGAGAACAGCAGAAAGGAUAUUUGCAAUGUUUGUUUUCAACAUUUAAAUAUUUUCAUUGAGCUGUCUUCUGUUGUCCAGAACCGAUUAAAUCUCUGAUGCUAGAACUAGAACCAGGAUUUUUUCCCUUCUUUUUUUAAAUUAGUACUACUAGUUUACUAUAAUGUUUUUAGCACAGAGGGACUAUCUAAUGGAAUCUCACUUAGUAUAGCACAGAGGUUUCUUCUAAAAUUACUUUCUGGGCUUUGCCAAUGAGUAAAACUAAAAAUAGAACAGGCCUGAGAGGUAACUUCUAAGGAUUUUGUGAGAAUUAGUGUCCUAUUUGUUUCUUCUAUUCUGCAAAUAAAUCCUGGAAAUGCAGAUUGUGUGAGUAGUUCGAUUAAGUGUUGGGGUUUUUUUAUAAUUUUAAUCCCAGUACGCCAAGGUUGCCGGCUAGCUGACUCACCAGAUGGAGCUGUAGGCUUGUUAUUCUUCACUAGAUAGAUAGUCAUCAUUCCAUCCCUGAACAAUGCUACUGUGUGAAACUAAUGUAUUCUUGUCUUAUGACUGAAAAAGGCAAGCCACCAGAAUGAUUUAUCAGUGCAUUUGCUGAUCUCUGGUGGGAGAAUACUAAGAUUCCAUUUAUUCUUGGCUACUUGGAGGAGAUCACAUCAUAGCAUUCAGACUGAUAUAUUCACAAGGUAGUAUGUGACUCAGCAAAAUUCUUAUGAGACAGAUAAAAGUUGCUUGGGCAAGGGUGGCUUAGCAGCAUCUUAGAAAAAGAACUGUUUGAGAAGCAAGUAAGUUCUUGAACAUGUCAGAAACUGAAUUCCUGGUGUGUAAUUAUAAGCCAUUGUCCACAGAUAAGCUUAAUUACACACAUAUAUCUUAGGGCCCGGAUACCUAACAGAACACCCCUUGGCCCAGGUGUGAGCAGAGGGGGGUGCAUAGUGAGCACCACAAGUUACAAGUGACAGAACCGAUUUCAGAAACUGGUUUAUACAUGCCUGCCUUCAUAGUACAGCGUUGCAAUGCAAGCACGUCAGGACACAAGUCUGAGUCCAGAAAGCAGCGGCAAUGGAUUCAGGCUAAGUAUAUAAUGCCAAUUUACUCCUUGUACCUGCUCCCCUAAUAUGUCUGAUUCCUUCUUAGAACAGCUAAGGGUGGUGGUUUUUCAGCUCAGAAAAUAGCAUCCCCGUUCUGAAUAUAGAAGAUCUAAACUCAGGUCCACCCUGGUGGGGGAGAGUUCAUUCUGAAAGCAUCCUUGAUGUCUUUUUUUUUUUUUCUUCCUCUUGUGCUUCAUUAACAGUGCAAAAAUCAAUUGUUUGUGGGGGGCUGCAGCCCAGACCAUGUCUGCUUUGUUGCAGAAAGUACUGUGAGCAGGCAAGCAGCUACAGGACGUGGAAGAAUGUUUUUGUAGUUAAGGAAUCUGAAUGUCUACGGGAUUUGGAUUCUUUUCUUGCCUCUAUUAGGCUGCCCUCCUAGCUUGUGGACAAGAAGUUUUAAGCCGGAGGCUAAAUAUAGCUUCUGAUUUUUACUUUCAUAGAUUUUUUUGGUAUUAUUUCUCCCAGUGGGUAAUACAGAUAAAUGUUAAGACAGUUAAUGGAGGGGAUUGUUUAAGUACUUGGAGAAGCUACAUCAAGAAUUGUUUUAUGUGACGAUUAAGUGUGUUUCUCUGUACUAGGCCUACACUGAUAGAUUUUUGGAAAUAUUCUCUAGGCAGACACUACAUGAAAAGAAAUUAAGAGAAACUGAGCUUUGAUAGAUACAUACAAUUCUGAAGGCAUUUAAAUACGGGAGUGAAUAGGUAGCAAUGGUUCAGUGCUUACCAGUACUCAAUUUUCUUCUGCUCUCCUGUUCUAUUUUUCAGCUGUACUCCAUUGCGCCACAAGCUGAUAUCUCACUUUGGACAAGAUCGCUAUUGGUGAAUACCACUAUAAGGUGGUAUUCCUAUCUGACAAAAACAAUACCAAGCUAAAAAUCUUUGUUUAGUUCCUGGUCAUCCUUCCCUACUUGUUCAGUUAAAAAACAACAAAACAAAACAAAAAACCCACCAAAAAAAACCCACACAAACAAACAAAAACCAAACCAAAACCCCACACCAUUUUAGUCCUUUGAGGGCCAUUAGAAGACCACAUGUCAGUGUUUC